AUGGCACUCUCUGAUGUUACAAUGAGCUCCACAAGCUAUUUUUAUACUCAUGCUUUUUCAGUGAACUCCACAGAUGACUACGACUACUAUACCCCUGUCGAGAAUGAUUUGCUAUUGCUGCCCAUGUCCAAUAUCUACAUUCCUGUGCUGUACGUCAUCAUGUUCCUCGCCGGCUUCUUGGGGAACCUGUUUGUCAUCGUGGUCAUUGGCAAACGGCGUAAGAAAAACGGACGGCUUGUGGACACCUUCGUGAUGAAUCUGGCAUUAGCCGACCUUGUGUUUGUCUUCACGCUGCCUUUGUGGGCGGUUUCGGCCCAUUAUGAUGAGUGGCCCUUCGGUGAGACCUUGUGCAAGAUCAGCAGCUUCAUCAUUGCGGUCAACCGCUUUUCCAACAUCUUCUUCCUCACGUGCAUGAGUGUAGACCGAUACCUGGCUGUUGUGCGUCUCAUGGACUUUCAGUUUCUGCGGAGCAGUAACUGUGCGCAGAUUACCUGUAGCGUCGUGUGGAUCAUUUCUUUCUUCCUGGGAAUUCCAUCGUUGGUGUACCGUCGGUUGAAAGACGAUACCGUGUGUUGGGAGGAUUCAAAAUCCUCUUUUGUCCAAGGAAUGAAUCUCCUGACUAUAUUUCUAACCUUCCUGCUCCCAGUGCUGAUUCUCUGCCUAUGUUAUGGGUCGAUUUUGGUUAACCUGCGGCGUCACAGUCACACCGCCGCAAACUCACGUGCAGAAGCCAGAAGACGGCAUUCGGUCAAAAUCGUGCUCGCCAUAAUUGUGGCCUUUCUGAUCUCCUGGCUGCCCUUCAAUUUGUUCAAGACCAUCCAGGUCAUCGUACUGAUGAGCACAGGAGAUCUUAGCGGGAAAACAAGAGUGAUCGUACUUAGUGGACUCACGCUGUCCUGCUGCCUGGCCUUUCUCAACAGUUGUGUAAAUCCAGCCAUCUACUUCUUUUUGGAUCAGCAUUUCAGGCGCAGAGCUUCAAUCCUGUGUCUGAGCUGCCUGGGUCAAGGAGACGUGCACCAGACUUAUAUCUCCUCUAAUUCGCUCUCUAAUGGCACAUCUGAGUCUUAUUCUGGAAAUACAUCAACCCGCGGACGGCUUUUUUCACUUACUGUAAAGGAGUGA